CUCUGUCCUGGAACCCGUCUUUGGAGACGAACCUUUUAAGGAUGCAAUCAAAGAGCUCAAGGCAAGCGGUAUACUUAACGAUCCAGAAUUCCUCAAGGAACUCGGAGAAGAAAAUCCGGGACUUUUGACUGCUGUGAAUGCGGCCAUGGAAUUAAAUGUACCUAACGAAUUUUCCGGUUCCUCCAUGGGCAUUCCUUCUCUGGAUAUGAGCUAUGGUGCUACUCCUUCCAUGGGCAUGGGCAUGAACGACUUUUUGCUUCCACCAAUGGGCAAUCCUGAGCAGAUGCCUCCUUCGCAUAUGAGUAUGGGUGCUGGAAGUCCACCUCCACCACCACCACCACCACCACCUCCACCACCACCACCACCUCCUCCUCCUCCUCCUCCCCCUCCUCCUCCUCCACCAUCGGAUAUAGGCGCCGGCAAUCCAAUACAUCCACCCAUGGUGGAAGAUGCGAAUAUCAGUGUCGGUAUGAGCAUGAGUGCUAGUGUCGUCGCCGGUGCUUCUUCAGGACCUUCUCAGACAUUGAGUGGUCAGGUCACCUCCCAGACCCCUUCCAAAGACGUUGUUAGUUCGGACCCUUUCGGACCUUCUCAGACGUCGACUAGCCAGGUCACCGGCACCUCUCAAAGACCUUCCAAAGACGUUGUCCCUUCAGACCUUUCUGAACCUUCUCAGACGUCAACUGGCCAAGCCAUCUCCCAGAUAUCAUCCGUGUCCGCUGAGCCCACUGCAAGUCCUACACCAUCCCAUUCUCCAGGAGAUGGUUCUGGACCCGUGAAGAACGGCUUCAAUCCGAAGCACAUCAGACUCGGUUUAGCGGCGGCGAAUGCGAAACUAGGCGCGACUCCGACAGCUUCUGAUGAGAGUGGCCCUGGUUCUGCACUGCCCACUCCUGGUAUUGGCGAUAGCCCGACAUCUUCUUUCACACGGUCACCCUCGACAGGUGCAAAAUCAGGGAUGCCCUCUAGUGUCGUAGCCCGUUCUCCAUCCGCUCCACCCACUCCCGAUGAGAGCACGGAAGCUGUCAAUAUGUCGCAAGCUGCCCUCCAAGAAAAGCUCGCUGCUCUCGCGGCCCAACAGGCCACAAAUUCAGCUGAGCGCGCCAAACAAGUUGAUGCUGCUCAAGAUUUCUUCAAUACCGCUUCCGGUUCGAGUGUUAAACUUCCUAGUAUCCAGGAACAACCUGCAAAAACCCAGAAUCCCAAGCGCCGCAGCGUUUCUAGCGGUACACCGACGACCCAUAGUGCUCGUGCUUUGUAUCACUACGGCCAGGACUUGGACUAGAGCUGAUGCAUGUGCCAUCUUUGUGUUCAGUUGCACGUUUGCUUUGCAGUAUCACUCUACAUGUACUUUUGCUAACGGAAUUUGAAUUUCUUCGGACGGUCUAAUUGUUGUCUAUAUACGCCACAACUGAUCUGACUCUUGAGAACAAGUAGCAGGAAUCAUGCAUGAAUGAG